GAGCUUCUCAGGCAGCUGCAGACACGGGCCACGCUAUACUGCCCGGCCGGCGGCCAGUUCUCGUAGUAGUCAGCUACUUAAUGAUCAGCUAGCUAGAGCAUCGCGGAGAUUACAAGUGGCGGCGGGCAUGGCGGUGGCGGCGUUCCCUUCCUGCGGCGCCUUCGCCCCUCCUUGCCUAGUGAGUACAAGGAGAGCCUUCUCCUCGGUGGUGGCCAUGGCUUCCGCAGCCCCGGUGAGAGCUCCCAGCAGGAAGCCCUUCGCCCCUCCUCGCGAGGUACACCGCCCCGUGGCGCACUCGCUGCCCCCGCAGAAGCGGGAGAUCUUCGAGUCGCUCGAGUCGUGGGCGGCGGACAACAUCCUGGUGCUCCUCAAGCCCGUGGAGAGGUCCUGGCAGCCGCAGGACUACCUGCCGGACGCCGCCUCCGAGUCCUUCGACGACGAGGUCCGGGAGCUGCGAGAGCGCGCCCGGGAGAUCCCCGACGACUACUUCGUCUGCUUCGUGGGCGACAUGGUCACCGAGGAGGCGCUGCCGACGUACCAGACCAUGCUCAACACCCUGGACGGCGGCGUCCGCGACGAGACCGGCGCCAGCUCGACCAGCUGGGCGGUGUGGACCAGGGCGUGGGCCGCCGAGGAGAACAGGCACGGCGACCUCAUGAACAAAUACCUCUUCCUGACGGGGAGGGUGGACAUGAGGCAGAUCGAGAAGACCGUCCAGUACCUCAUCGCCUCAGGGAUGGAUCCCAAGACGGAGACGAACCCGUACAUGGGCUUCGUCUACACGUCGUUCCAGGAGCGCGCCACCUUCAUCUCCCACGGCAACACGGCGCGCCACGCCAGGCGGUACGGCGACACCAAGCUGGCGCAGAUCUGCGGCACAAUCGCCGCCGACGAGAAGCGCCACGAGUCGGCGUACGAGCGGAUCGUCGAGAAGCUGUUCGAGGUGGACCCGGACUACACGGUGCGCGCCUUCGCGGACACCAUGAGGAAGAAGGUGGCCAUGCCCGCCCACCUCAUGUACGACGGCCAGGACGACGGGCUGUUCGCGCGCUUCAGCGCUGUCGCGCAGCGCAUCGGUGUCUACACGGCCAGGGACUACGUCGACAUCCUCGAGUUCCUGGUCCGCCGGUGGGGCGUCCAGGAACUCACGGGGCUGUCCGGGGAAGGCCGCCGCGCGCAGGAGUUCGUGUGCGAGCUGGGGCCCCGGUUCAGGAGGCUGGAGGAGAGGGCGCACGACAACAAGGCCAAGGAUCCGGAGUUCGCGCCAUUCAGCUGGAUUCACGGGCGCCAGGUUCAGCUUUGAUUAAAGAUGAUGACUGGGGGAUUCGCCGACUCUCUCCGUCCUCAGAUGAUAUGUUGUACUGUACUAGCAUAUAACUAAGAAUUGAUUGAAGUUGCUGUAAAAUGCAUCAAAGUACAUCCGCUCUUGUUUUUGGUGCUAGAGCAUUGUAAAAUGCAGGGAGGCCGGGAGAGCGAUGAAAACAGAAUGGAAGAUAUAUUGCCUCAGCG